CGGACCAUUUUAAAAUUCCAAAAUCCCAGUUCUCCUUAACCGCCACUUCCCUCCCCAGACCCCGCGCGCAAUGUCACACUCCGUACAAAAACAGCUUUCCUUCCUUCGCUCCCUUAUCCAAGCCAGAAGUUUCGGCAACACCACGCUCCGAUUUGUCGAAUCGCUUUUGGUCUCUAAGGACGUCAAAUCUUUGGUCGAAGUUCGGUCCAGCUUGACGCAACUCCUCAGAUCUAAUUAUCUCUCCGUCAUUCGAUCCGUCGUUAAAAAAACCAUCCACGACAAGCUUCUCGCUCUCGAUUUCUUUGUCCGCGCUUUCGCUCUCGUAGGAGAUAUACAGAGUUGUUUGGCAUUGAGAUACGAGGCUUUAGUUAUGAGGGAAGUCAAGUCUGCUAGUUGUCAAUGGCUACGAGUUUCGCCUGUGGAAUGGUUACAUUUUGUGGAGGACGCGAUGCACAACGGUUUUCACGCAGUGGGUGUAAAGGCAUGUGAAAAUGCAUUGUCGUGCCUUGGGAAUAAUGAUGAUUUAGAGCCCGGAAGAGACACGGAUUCUGAAAAUUCGAAGGCUAUUAUCAGGGAGAUUAAAAGGCUCAGGAACAAUGCAAUGGCAUCAGUUGCUUCACGAUCUGUUCAGGUGCAGGCAGCAGAGUAUCUAAAAAGGAAAACAACAGAGCGGCAAAAAUCUGACUUUCUCUGCAAAGAAAAACGAUGUCUAGCAAGCACUUCUUUCAGAAAUGGGAUUAAGAGACAGAAUAUACGGAAGUUACAAGAACACCAAAGUCUCCCACAGAUCUGCGGUGAAUUAGAUGGACCGCAUCUAAAUUUGAGUUGAAGCCGAUAGAGCAGACUGCAAGCUUCUCUUCAAGGUUUGUGAUCGAUAGUUGUAAUUGUUGGUUGAUUAUUUCAUACGCUAUCCGCACCUUAGCA